AUGGAGAUCUCUGCUUGCAAAGCCUGCGUCCUCCUCUGGGUCAUGGGCGACUUCUUCCAGCUCCAACUCCUUACCAAGCAGUCGAUCGAGGCCCUCCAGAACAGAUACCUUAGCACCUGCGUCCUCCCCUGCAAAGACGGCGUCGUCGCUGCCUACAUCGACCACCCGCAUGCGCAGCCCUGCCAGAAGGCCUUGGUCACUCUGUUCAACAACGCAGACACCUCGUGGACCAAGGGCACCGCCAUCCGCCAGGUGGUCGACGAAGUUCCGGCUUUCGGAGCGGACAUGUUCAAAGCCUCGUUGGACAAAGCCGAGGCCACCCAAGCUCGGGGCAUCUUUUGCAGCCCGGCGGUUUCCGGCGACGCUGGCGCUGAACGAUGGGGACGCGACAAGAACAACGGAUGGGGAAAGUGGGCGUCUGACUGGGGAACGGGCAAGUCUGGAGCUGACGAUUGGGGUCAGGGAGGCUGCAGUGAUGUGGACUCGACCUGGGGAUGA